AUGAACAGAGUGGGGGAUGACAUUGACCGCAACAACCUGCCUCAGAUUCUGUAUGAAGACGAAGACCAUGACAAGGUUGUGCUUGCAUCAGAUGGUGAUCUUGCAGCAGCUGUGGACCAUGCAAGGUCAGUUGGUUGGAAGGGGUUAAAACUGCAUUUGGAUUACUCGGGAACACCUAGCUGUAGAAGGGGUUCUGGAUCUGGAGGAACGAAUCGACUACAGAUUAGGGCUAAUCUCAAGUAUUCCGUAGAGGCUUCGUCGUCGUCUCCUUCUCCCCCCACAAAAUAA